AGCCAAUCUCGACGCUUGUACAAACCCUCCAAGCAACAGACGUCAACAAAGUAAACAUAAAUUAAAAAGAAAUCAAAAACAAAAAACGACCGUCCAUACUUCUCAUCAAUAUCUACCUGACCCUGACAAAGCACUCAAAUUGACAACAAAUUGAUUGAAAAUAAAAGCAUCUUUCCUACUGAGAAGAAAAGUCAUUCAGCAGUCAAACAGUUUUCGUGUUUUAUACCCUCUGCAGACUGUUUUCUUUUCCUUCUUUAAGUAUUUGAAGUGUGCUCUUCUUCCUUUCUUUUUCCUUUUCUGUCUUCGGUGUCUUUAUUCGGUAUCCCCCAAAAAACAAUAAUAAAAACAAAACAGGAGACAUUAUUUUUCGAUCGCGCCGGAAUAUAUACUCUAACCUUUCACAUUUACUGUAUCAUCCGCUACUUUUCUUGCUUUAGUGUUUUUUGGUUUUUGUGACUUUUCGAGUUUUUAUAUUCGUGUGCCAUUCUCCCGUUUACGCGCUCCACAUUUUUCUCCCUUUCUUUCCUAGAAUUCUUGCUUUCGGUUCUCUUUUCGUUAUAUAUGUUACUGUGUUUUUUGUUUUUAUAAGUGCAACUCUCGAAGAAAGCAGGCGCCCCCUUUUUCUAUCUUUCUGGGUUUUGGCAACAACAGGUCACUGCGUUCAAAGUUGAGCUUCCCAAGUUUCCUAUUCUCUUCGCAUCGUCUUACUGUUUUUCUUCUUCAGCGGCAAGUAUACGGAUAUUCAUAUAAAGAUUGUCUUUUCUUGUCUCCUGAAGACCGCCGUUCCCACUCCUAUUUCUCUCUCCCUUCCGUUCUCGAUCACCGUCCCGGAGAGAGCCGAGAUCAAAGGAAGAAGACAAGCAAAGUAAACGAUCACGAAGAACAGAAGUUGCAGCUCGUCGUCUGUCAAACACGUCUACUCCCUUCUCUCUUUUUUUGUUGUUUUCAGGCUGUUCUACACUGCCGUUGAUUGUUACUUCAUUUUAAACUCUUUUUUACUUUUUUUUUUACCUCUUCACGUUCAUAGCGCCGUUUAUAUUUCUGCAAUACGCAAUCAGAACGAAACGCCCCCGAGGAGAGAUAGUACGAAGCACCACCGUACACUAUUUACUGACUCAGCCGCGCUCAGACCUGUUUCGGCCAACGAAGAAGAAAGCAAUGUUCGCAGAUCUGAAGAAUAUUCCGACUUUUGGCAGCAACAACUUGUCUGCCUGGUCGUACAUUGAGAAGGACCCCGUCGAUUGGAGCGCCACGAGCAAUCCACCAGCGCCGAAUGAAGCAGAUGUGAAGGCGUUGCUGCAGAUGCUGUCCGGUAGCGCGGACAGUGGGGAGCUAAUCCACACCGACCCCUCUGCGCUGUACGAGCGACUGGAGAUGAAGUCACCGCCGAGCAGCAACGAGGAAACCGAUGAACGCGUCGUCGGCACGCACAACUCCCUCGAGGCCGGCUGCGACUUCCUCCACCUCUUUAACCACAACGACGCCGAGGAUGCGGCGCCGAAGCUGCUGGAGCCGGAGGACUUGCUGAAGGAAAACACGUGCGGUGGCACACCCAACAGCACCUACUGCCACCCAGCCUCUUCUUCGUCCAAUGCGUUGACGGGCAGCAGCAGCGCCAGCUCGCACACGGAUCGACCGGCGUCGACGACAAUGACGUCGCGCGGCAUCGAGUCCACAAAACGCCUCUCCAUCUCACACCCAUCGCGGCACAACACCGCCGUUUCGAACGCGCUGGCGAACAUCGGUAGCGGCCUCGCCGAGGAGAACUUCAAUGUGCUGACACCGGACAAACGCAUGAUGCUGUCGAUCCCUGCCGAGUACAUCCAGACUACCCUCGGCAGCCGCAACUACCGCCGCCGCAACCGCGAAAAGCUCCUGUUCUCCUUCUGCCUCUGCAAGACAUUCUGCAGCGGCGCCACGUGCCACCACGGCUCCGAGUGCGACUUUAUCCACUGUGACCCGGAGAAGCUGCGCCUGGUGCAGAGUGCGGCGGAGUCGAAGGGCAGGAAGGCGGACCCAACCUCGGUGCACUCCUUCCAGGUACAUUGGUCGACCCCCGUCUACUCGCUGACCGAGGCGGUGUACCCUCGCCUGCCUGGCGGCAGCGUUGUGUACGUGAAGCGCGGUGGCCAGGGCACCGGCGCUAACUCCCCGCAGGGGCUCUCGUCGGAGAUGGUUUACGCGACGGUGGGCGGGCAGGAGGCGCUGCGACUGCGCUCCACCGCCCCGCUGCGCGUCUGCAAGCACUACGAGCGGGAGAAGUGUGCCCGCGGCCCCCUCUGCCACUUUAUUCACCCCGUCGUCCUCCACAAAUCGGUCGGAUCGGCGGGCAGCACCAGCGCAAUCGCAGCCGCAACGACGGCAGAGGCAAACGCUCGCCACGGCGCAGCGCCCCCGUCCACGCCGUCUGCUGUGACGCCCUUCUCGCAGACGGGUCGCCCGGCUCCCUACACCGCACCGCCGCCGCUGCCAACGACCACCACCACGACUACCACCGCUGGCCCCACUGCGGCGCCGUUGCUGACCGCCGCGCAGCUGCCGUCCGGUGCAUUGGUGCGCUACGGCGAUGCCCUCUUUCUCUGGAUCCCGGAGCGGCAGCAGCUGGUGCCCGUGCACGCGACCACGACUACUAGGGUGAACCCGCCCGCAUCGCCCACGUCAGGCCAGCCACCCGCCAUGCUGGUGAACAUCGAGUACCAGCGCGGGCUGAAUGGUGCGGUGAGUUCGCCGACGGGCUUCCAGAUGCCCGCGAAUGCGAUGCUGGUGCAAUCCUCCAGCGCAGUCGCGGCGCACGCGUCUCACCACCCGUACAGCAGCCCUCCCGUGCAGCGCAACCUGACGAGCGUGAACGCGCCCAACUGCGCCAGCCCCGUUUAUCCGACCAUCGUCUUCCCUUGCUAA